CGCUCUGUCACCCAAAUUGUAGAAUCAUGACUGACGCCUCCUCCGAUCUCCAAAAAUACGGCAUUCCGUUCUACGGAGCCGGCUGGGUUCCUUACAACCAAGUCAGAUCCAAGCUCACCUCGAAAGAAAAGGUUGAAGAGGAAAAGAAAGUGGAAAAAGAUCCAACUCCGCCCAACGAUGACGAGACUAGUACACCACUAAACUACGUCGUUCUCGCCGGCGGUGGCGGCGAAGGCCGUAGCGGCAUCCCCAAUGCAAUCGUCGUCUCCCACGUUGAUCUCGCCUCUAAUUCGCUCUCUGAUCAACCUGUGGUUAAGCAUGAUACUGGUUCUGAUUUGCCUUAUCGAAUGACUGUUCAUCCGCAUGGAGAUGGCAUUCUCUGCUCAUUUCAACAGAGUUGCAGGUUGUUUGAGUGGAAAGAUUCCGAGGGCAGUGAAGUCCACAAACUGGGUGUCAAGGUCUCAGAGAAUGUACUGACCCAGUUAGAAGACGUAGGUCAACAGCUAGCACUGACAUUUAACUGUGAGGGUUCCAUACUGGCUGUUGGUGGCGAGGAUGGCAGUUUAAGGGUUUUUAAAUGGCCUAGCAUGGAAAUAAUUCUCAAUGAAGCUCAAGCUCAUUCAUCUGUCAAGAACUUGGAUUUUAGCUGUGAUGGAAAAUUUCUCGUCUCAUUGGGAAGUGCCCUUUGUAGGGUUUGGGAUGUAACAUCAUCAGAAGUUGUUACUUCUCUGGCAAAGGGAAAUGAUGAGGUUUUUGCCUUCUGCAGAUUUUCUCCAAUUAACGAUAAGAAUUUACAUCUAUAUAUUGCUGCAGUCACAGACCAUGGCGGAAGUAUUCUAACAUAUAACACAACCACAUGGAAGAGAAUAUGCACAAGUCGAGUAGUCCGGGAAGCUAUAUCUGCGUUCAAUGUCUCAUCUGAUGGGAAGUUCCUUGCAGUUGGAACAGUUGGAGGAGACCUUUUUAUCAUAAAUGCUGCCAAUAUGAAGGUUCAAAUGAUGGUAAAAAAAGCUCACCUUGGUUUGGUUACAGCAUUGACAUUCUCUCCUGAUUCAUGGUCUGUGGUUUCGGCAUCUCUGGACUCAAGUGCUAGGGUGACACUAAUCAAGGACAAGAAUAAAAGCGGUGGGAUGAGCUGGAUUAUCAUCGUAUUGAUGGUACUACUUGCCAUUGCUGUGUACUUUAUGAAGGAGAACGGAAAUAUACCCUAAACGCAGGCCUGCUGAAGUUGCAAUCAAAGAUUUGAAUAUUUUGUGUAACAUAGAUUCUUAUCACUGUGCAGUCAAAUUAAAACUGUGAUGUGGAAUUUCUCUGAUUCGGCCGAUUCCUUCAUUUCCCAUUCCACAAUUAAAAUCCAGAGUAAACGGUAUACAUGAUUCAUAAAAAAUUAGCUGAUCCUUAUUCUCAUAUGUAAUGGGUCGGGGAGGUAGGAUUGUAGGUUGUUCCCAACGUCAGGUUGAGAGCAGUUUUCGUA